AUGGACCACGAGACACCGCCAAUCACAUUCACCCGCGCCGCCUCCUACGUCGUGGACCUCGAGGUCAAGGAGCGCGCCUUCAUGACCACCAAGUGCGCCACGACGUGCUCACGGGCCAAACCCUCGAGAUUUUGGACGGCGAGCAUGUUUAUGUACAACACGACGCACUGCACGACGCAGCUGCUACAGCUGGUGGACGCCUCUCGCCUCUUCCCGUUCGCGCUCCUCGAGCAUGGCAAGGUCAAGGCGCUCGAAAGGAAGCUCAACAUCACACCCUCCAACGUCUCGAUCACGCAAGUGAUGCUCGAUAUGAAGGCCGUGUACGACGUCGUCGCCGGCGUAGUACCGGACGUCGACAGUCUCUACGCGUACUUUGUGAACCUCGAGCGCGACUACAGCAGCAACAACAACAGCGUCGUUGGCAACUUUGCGCACACGGUGCAUUUGCUGCAUCCUGUCUUAUACACCACCAUUCAUACCAAUCACGCCGACAACAACCGUUCAAAUGUGUCUGCGUAAAUUAUAUGAUAAAGUCAAAAGUUCGUU